CUCUGUUGUCAGUGUGCCACAGCGCCUCUUGGUGUGAAGCCGGGGAAUGAGCUUCCACCGGAUUGGCUGAGCGGUUGUCAGGAGUGUUUACAGGAAACAUGGCUUCCCUGUCUGCUGGAGAGCUUCAAGAAAUGGAAGUGGAUCGGAGGGGUGAGUCCGAGGAGUCUGGGGAUGAUGAGACCAAGAGGAAGAGUACCAACGGAGACGUGGACCCAAAUCAGCCCGCUACCACAAGUAAAGAAGAGUCUCCUGUUGACAUGGAGACCAUAACGUUGGACCCUGAGGAAGAGGAUAUUGAUCUUGUUCAUUGUCGUAUUGGAAAGAUUGAAGGAUUGGAAGUGCUACAAAAGGCUAAAACACUCUCCUUACGACAAAACCUCAUUAAAAAGAUAGAAAACCUUGACAGUUUGAGAUCACUGCAGGAACUAGAUUUCUACGACAAUCAGAUCCGCAAACUGGAGAACCUGCACACCCUCACAGAGUUGAAGCAGCUCGAUAUGUCCUUCAACGUUCUGAGGAAAGUGGAGGGUUUGGAGCACUUGACUCGGCUGAAGAAACUUUUUCUACUUCACAACAAAAUUGGCAGCAUUUCCAACUUGGAACACUUGACAUGCCUGGAGAUGCUGGAGCUGGGCUCCAAUCGAAUCAGGGUCAUAGAGAACCUGGAUAAUCUCUCAUCAUUGCAAAGUUUGUUUCUUGGCACCAAUAAAAUAACUACGCUUCAGAAUUUUGAGGGUUUGCACAACCUGACUGUCUUAAGUAUUCAGAGUAAUCGGAUUACUAAAAUUGAGGGUAUGCAGAGCCUUGUCAACCUGAGGGAGCUCUAUCUGAGCCACAAUGGCAUUGAGGUCAUCGAGGGCUUGGAGAACAAUAAAAAGCUGACAACCCUGGACAUUGCAGCCAAUCGAGUAAGAAACAUUGAGAACAUCAGCCAUCUGACGGAGCUGCAGGAAUUCUGGAUGAACGAUAAUCAAAUUGAUAACUGGUCAGACCUCGAUGAGCUGAAGAACGCCAAAUCUCUGGAGACGGUCUACCUCGAAAGAAACCCGCUACAGAAGGACCCACAGUACCGACGGAAGAUCAUGCUGGCGCUACCCAGCGUACGCCAGAUUGACGCAACCUUCAUCCGCUUCUAAACUGCAGCAAACAACAAACCUGCCAACUUCAGUGUUCCCCCGCACCUCCCUCACCUCUCACCUCACUCCCCUGCCUAUAGAAACACAUUGGGCUCACUGAGUCAUGUAGUCACUUCAUACACAAAUAUACAUUCCAACAAUAAACUCACCCAUGGCUCACUCAAUAUGCAUACAUGCAUGUAUGGAUGUACUCAUUCACACCUUGAUCUAUACUAUUGGAGGGAAGCUUAUUUAUUUAUUAAGCUGGAUAUGAGCUGUGAAAGUAACUGGAUGCCCAUCAUAGCCCCAACACCUUUCCUCUGCACUUGUUUUUAUUUUAAUGUUUUGCAUGUAUAUGACACUGUAUGGAGACAUCUCCCUCCUAAAUCAAACACUGCCCAUUAGCAAAUAAGAAACCAGUCUCAUUAACUGCAUUGUUGAAGAUGCACUGCGAACAUAAGAUAAGAAAAGGGGGGUGUUGUUAACAGUUGAGGGACUUUAUUGUGGCUUUAUUUGUUCUGGUUGAACAGGAUGAGACUGUUCUCACCACGUACAACACUUAAACAUCGACACUAAAGGGCGAGUCCAUGACAACUAUGAUUUAUGUAUUUUAGUCUUCAGAAUACAUACUUAAGUGUUGUUUGAAUUUAUAUGCUUCAGAAUGGAUCCAGAUAGCAAAUAUUUUUGUCACAUAAUCAUCUAAAAUGAAGUGUUAGAUCCUGGCCCUCUUCAGUAAAGUUGCAUUUUACAUAUCAGCAUAAACUGAUGAGUCUUUAAUGAAGAAGUCUAUUCCUUCAAAGCCGCUCAGAGGCCGAUGUUCUGUUCAACAAGAGUGACUUGUGCAGUAGAAUAAAGCUGAUGAGAAUGUAAUAUCAUUUUAAUGUGUUCACAAAGAUUGUUUUGUAAUUAGUGGUAUAUCCCCCCCGCCCACACCAACUCUGUAAGUCACUUCCCACACUGUUUUUUCAACUCUGCCUUUGAGGUUAUGUUUUCACCCGUGUUCAUUGGUUGGCUUGUUUUUUUGUUGUCAGGUUUUUGCAUAAAGUGCUAAGUUCAAGUUCAUGGGACAGGGAAGAACCCGUUCAAUGUUGAUGCACUUCAUGUUAAAGGGGUGAAUCUAGUCAUUUUAAUUCAGCCUUGAGCUCUGAGUAGUCAUGUUUAUUUGUAACCUUAAAUACAUCACUGAUGACAGA